AGCGUCAGGCAGCAGCAGCAGCAGCAGAAGCCGCGGCGGCACGCAGGAGACCGCUGCCACCUCAACAUGGAGUAGCCGGAGCCCAGCGCCGACUGCCGAGGAGAGGAAUACCCGGCGCCAUACAUCUGAUUUAUCUACCAAAAAAAAAAGAGAGAGAAAACAUUAGAAAAAAAAAAAACACGCAAAUGAUACAGCGGCCAUAUUUCGCAGAGUCACAGGGAAGCCCGGCUUUUAUUUGAAAAGAUGGCGAACGACUCUCCAGCUAAAAGUCUGGUAGACAUAGACUUGGCUUCAUUGCGGGAUCCGGCUGGGAUAUUCGAGCUGGUGGAGGUAGUUGGAAAUGGCACCUAUGGACAAGUAUACAAGGGACGACAUGUCAAGACUGGACAGCUGGCUGCCAUCAAAGUCAUGGACGUCACAGAGGACGAGGAGGAGGAAAUUAAAUUGGAGAUCAACAUGCUCAAAAAGUAUUCCCAUCACAGAAAUAUAGCCACCUACUACGGUGCUUUCAUUAAGAAGAGUCCUCCAGGACACGAUGACCAGCUAUGGCUGGUGAUGGAGUUCUGCGGCGCCGGCUCCAUCACAGACCUGGUCAAAAACACAAAGGGAAACCAGCUGAAGGAGGACUGGAUCGCCUACAUUUCCAGGGAGAUUCUCAGAGGUCUGGCACACUUGCACGCCCACCAUGUGAUCCACCGCGACAUCAAGGGCCAGAACGUCCUGCUGACCGAGAACGCCGAAGUGAAGCUCGUGGACUUCGGCGUGAGCGCUCAGCUGGAUCGGACCGUGGGGAGGAGAAACACGUUCAUCGGCACGCCGUACUGGAUGGCCCCGGAGGUCAUCGCUUGUGACGAGAACCCAGACGCCACGUACGACUACAGAAGCGACCUGUGGUCCUGUGGCAUCACGGCGAUCGAGAUGGCAGAGGGAGCGCCACCGCUUUGCGACAUGCACCCAAUGCGAGCGCUCUUCCUCAUUCCAAGGAACCCGCCUCCGAGGCUCAAAUCCAAAAAAUGGUCCAAGAAGUUCUUCAGCUUCAUAGAGAGCUGUCUGGUGAAGAACUACACGCAGCGUCCGCCCACCGAGCAGCUGCUGAAGCACCAGUUCAUCCGAGAGCAGCCCAACGAGCGGCAGGUCAGGAUCCAGCUCAAAGACCACAUCGACCGCACCAAGAAGAAGAGGGGAGAGAAAGAUGAAACGGAGUAUGAGUAUAGCGGCAGUGAGGAUGAGGAAGAGGAUCCACCGGAGCAGGAAGGAGAGCCGAGCUCCAUCGUCAACGUGCCGGGCGAGUCGACUCUGCGCCGCGACUUCAUCCGCCUGCAGCAGGAGAACAAGGAGCGGUCCGAGGCGCUCCGCCACCAGCAGCUCCUCCAGGAGCAGCAGCUCCGCGAGCAGGAGGAGUACAAGCGCCAGCUGCUGGCCGAGCGGCAGAAACGCAUCGAACAGCAGAAGGAGCAGAGACGGCGGCUAGAAGAGCAACAGAGACGCGAGCGGGAGAUGAGGAGGCAGCAGGAGCGCGAGCAGCGUCGGCGGGAGCAAGAGGAGAAGAGACGGAUGGAGGAGAUGGAACGCAGGCGUAAAGAGGAGGAAGAGCGGCGGCGAGCCGAGGACGAGAAGAGGAGGAACGACCGUGAGCAGGAGUACAUCAGGCGUCAGCUGGAGGAGGAGCAGCGACACCUGGAGAAGCUGCAGGAGCAGCUGCUCCGAGAGCAGGCCAUGCUGCUGGCGGACGAGCGUUUCCGAAAGAACAUCCAGGUCUCCCCUCAGUCCGCGCCGCCUUCCAAGCAGCCCCCCCUGCCUCCUCGCUCCUCUGAACCUUACUCCAACGGGGGCUCCUCUUCGGAGGCCUCUGCCAUGCACCGACCCAUGGAGCCUCAGGUCCAGUGGUCCCACCUGGCUGCUCUAAAGAGCAGCAACAGCGCUGCCCCCUCUCCUCCUCCUCCUCCUCCUCCGCCCGUGGUCUCUCGCUCCCAGUCCUUCAGCGAGUCUGGUGGCGUGAGCUCUAGCUUUGCACAACUUCACCUGCGGUCCCAGGACCCCCACCAUCACCACCACCCAUUGCCUGCACGCCCCGACCCCCAACCCCAACCUCCCCUCCACCACCCCCAGGCCCAGACCCGGCUCGAACGCCAGACCAGCUGUGAGGAGGUCCCUCCCAAGGUACCGGUAAGGACGACGUCCAGGUCUCCUGUGCUGUCGCGUCGGGAGUCUCCUCUGCCAUCACAGCCCAGCAGCCAGAGGAGUGCAGGCAGCAGUGUGGACCAGCGCCCCCUGUGGGACAGAGUGGAGAAGCUGCAGUCUCGACCAGGCAGCGGCAGCUCCUCUGGCUCCAACGCCAGCUCCCAGGCCAGUCCGGCCGACCGCUUCAGGCCACGUUGUGAGUCGCCUGCUUCCUCUAAAUCUGAAGGACCGGCUCUCCAGCGUCCAGAAAACAUCCCAAAAAAGUCAGAUGAGAAGAACUCGUCCAGGCCUACUCGACCAGCUGGCGACAUGGACCUGACGGCUCUGGCCAAGGAGCUGCGGGCGGUGGACGACGUGCGGCCUCCUCACAAGGUGACCGACUACUCCUCGUCGAGCGACGAGUCCGGCACCACGGACGAGGAGGACGAGGAGGAGGUGGACCAGGAGGCGGGGGAUGAGUCUACGUCAGGGGCGGAGGACUCCAGGGCAGGGCGGCUGAGCAACGGAGAGACGGAUUCGGCUAAGACCAUGCUGGUGGAGGACCUGGAGAGCGAACAGGCCACCACGCCCUCUAAAGACGGCACGCUGGUCAUCAGACAGAGCACAGCUGACACAAAGCGGUUGGUCAGUCUCUCAUCUUCCUCCUCUUCCUCGCCCGGCCAAGGCCUCCCAGAGAAAAACGGCUUUCCGGGCCGCAUACACCACCUGCCAGACCUUAUCCAGCAGAGCCAUCACUCCCCUUCCUCCUCUACCUCCAUCCUUUCCUCCAUCUCCAUGUCUCCCUCCUCCUCCUCUUCCUCCUUCCAGUCGUCUUCUAGCCAGGCCAGUUCUGGAAUGUCCUCACAGAUUACCUUGGACGAGCUCGCUGCCAUAGAGUCGCAGUCGGAGAACAACUCCAUGUCCAAACACAAGUCAUCUUCGUCGUUCACGCCCUUCAUCGACCCCCGUCUUCUGCAGAUAUCGCCAUCCAGCGGCAGCUCCCUCAACAACAUGGCUGGAUUUGGGCAGGAAGGACGGCUCGCGGACCCGCUGCGGUCCGACCCGUCCCGUAAGGGAUCGGUGGUCAACGUCAACCCGGUCAACACGCGCCCGCCCAGCGACACUCCAGAGAUCCGCAAGUACAAGAAGAGGUUUAACUCUGAGAUCCUGUGUGCCGCGCUGUGGGGAGUGAACCUGCUGGUGGGCACCGAGAGCGGGCUGAUGCUGCUGGACCGCAGCGGCCAGGGCAAAGUCUACCCCCUGAUUAACCGGCGCCGCAUCCAGCAGAUGGACGUCCUGGAGGGACUCAACGUUCUGGUCACCAUAUCAGGUAAAAAGAACAAGCUGCGAGUUUAUUACCUGUCGUGGCUCCGAAAUAAGAUUUUGCACAACGACCCCGAGGUGGAGAAGAAGCAGGGCUGGGUGAACGUGGGCGACCUCGAGGGCUGCGUCCACUACAAAGUCGUGAAGUACGAGAGGAUCAAAUUCUUGGUACUGGCCUUGAAGAACGCAGUGGAGGUCUACGCUUGGGCGCCUAAACCCUACCAUAAGUUCAUGGCAUUCAAAUCUUUUGGGGACCUGGUGCACAAACCAUUGCUGGUUGACCUGACCGUGGAGGAAGGCCAGAGAUUAAAAGUCAUCUACGGCUCCUGCUCAGGCUUCCACGCCGUCGACGUGGAUUCCGGCGCGGUCUACGACAUCUACCUGCCCACACAUAUCCAGACCAACAUUCAGUGCCACGCCAUCAUCAUCCUCCCCAACACCGAUGGCAUCGAGCUGCUGGUGUGCUACGAGGACGAGGGGGUCUACGUGAACACCUACGGACGUAUAACCAAGGACGUGGUGCUGCAGUGGGGAGAAAUGCCGACAUCAGUGGCCUACAUUAGGUCAAACCAGAUCAUGGGCUGGGGGGAGAAGGCCAUCGAGAUACGCUCAGUGGAGACCGGACACCUGGACGGCGUCUUUAUGCACAAAAGAGCCCAGAGACUUAAAUUUCUUUGUGAGAGGAAUGACAAGGUCUUUUUCGCCUCGGUGCGUCAAGGCGGUGCCAGCCAGGUGUAUUUUAUGACCCUGGGACGCUCCUCCCUCAUGAGCUGGUAGCCAAUGAGACGACUUGACCCUCGCAGCGACCAUCGGAUGGCGACCGCAGUCCUGAGCCUGACCUGGAGGAGCGCCUCAGCUUCCUCUCAUGCUCAGCCAUGUUUGGACUGUAAUCAUUAAAAAAAAUGAAGCAGGGAUGGAUGGAGGCUUGUUAGGUUUGUCACCCUUAGGUCUGUCGUCACCUUGCUGCCCUCCCCACUCCUCCAUCUCCACUGAAGGGGGGGAGGGCGACAUGGCAGUUGUUGAUUUUUUUUUUUUGUGUGUCACGGUAAAACUUUGCAUCCUGUAAGUAAUUAACAAAGCGUGUUUUAUCUGAAGGGGUCGACUAAAGAGCAUACGCAGCUUUCGCUGUAUGGGGAAAAACAAAACUUGAUGUGCCACAACCUGCGUGUAGCUGUUGUU